AUGGGUAACUGUAUUGGUAAAAAAUCUCAUGCACAAAAGAAACAUCAUCAAUAUUCUUCCUCAAUAAUUUCCACUAGUAAAUUACGCAGUAAUAAUCAAUUAACUAUAAAAUCAAAUCGACCACCAUCAUCGAACCAAACUAGUAAUCAUAUUGCUCGUUUUUACAAUGUAAAACAAUCUGAUAUUCUAUUUAAUCAUAAUGAACAAAAUGAAAAGAAUGCCGUUGAAUAUCCCUUAUCGUUAGCCACAACAGUAAGAAAAGACCAAUUUUUAUUCACGAAUACGUCGGCAAGGUUAUCGCCGAUUCAAUUAUCAAUUCAAUGUAAAACAUUUAAAUUGAGUAAUGAUGUUUUAGACUUUUGUGAGAAUAAUGUAGUCAAUUCAGGUACGUUAAUAACAAAUCAACAAGACUCAGCAAUGGGACACUUCGUUAGUAAAGAAAAAGAAAUAAGUAACAAUAAAGAAGUUUUGACCUUUACGCAAGAAAUAUUGUCAGAAUCCGGCAGUAGUACGGCACCUUCGCCAACACUUUCCGAUUCAUCAAUAUCUUCAUUUUCGUCAAAUACAACAUCAUUCUCGUCUCAAGGUCAAAUUAUUCUUUCGUCGUCUUGUUCAUCAUCUGAAAUUAAUCCGAUUCUAUCAUCGUAUCAAUUAAUAAAUAGUAGUAGAUUUCACUUUGUACCUUCCAAUGAACAAUACUACUUUGAUAAUCAAUCUACAAAUGAAAUAUUCUCAAUCGUACUACCAAUAUCUUCUUCACGUUGUAAAAAUGAUUUAUUUCUAAGUGAAUUUCAUCAAAAUACAAUAAUUCAUAAUUGUAACACACUCAGUUCUGCUAUUGAUGAUGUUCUACAACAAGAUUUUAUUCGAGUUCAUCGUCGAACAAAAACAAUACUAAUCGAACAUAACAAACUCGAAUGUAUAAAUUUAAAAGAUUUAAAACAAUUCGAUACGCCAUCAUUGAUCUUUGAUGAAGAUAAAAAGCUUGUUUAUCUAACGAAAUAUAUUCGCCCAAAUGAAUUUGAAUCAAUAACAUAUAAUACAAAAGAUGUACCGCAAAUGUUAUUAUCAUCUUGUGAUCAUUGUUCAUUAUUAAUUUCUGGUUCAAAAUUCAAUAAUCAUUUACAUUCAUUUUUGCUUGCUAAUGUCACGUAUAAUUUAGUACAAACAUGUUUUAAUGAAAUCAAUAAUAAUAAUAGUUUUGGAUUUAUUUCACGGAAACAUUCAAAUCGAAUUCAACAAAUAAUUGUGAACAAUUCAAAAUUAAGUUAUUCCUAUGAUUUUGAUGUUGAUCAGACGUCUUUUUACAUUGUUCUACGUCUUCAAUCGUGGCCACAAGAAAUACGUUCAACAUAUCAGCAACGCACGCGUUUCUGGCCGAUCAAUGUAGAAAAUUUAUUUAAAAAUACUUGUUUCAUUCGAUUCAAUGGUAACGACCAGGAAAUAUUGACAAACGAAAAAUGUUCUACUUGCGAAAAACAACUUCAAUCAUUAUCAAACUCGUCGUGGUCUUAUUCAUAUGCGGCGUUAGAAGCUCAACUUGUCCAUACAAUGUCUGAUGGACAUGUACGUUUUGCGACAAUCUUAUGGAAUUAUUUAAAUGGAAGAACACAAGGACAACUGUCAUUUGCAAUUUUUAAACAUACACUCUUCUAUUUCUUUGAACAAUACUCUCCCAACUCAUUUAUAACCUGUGAUUUAUUUAGUCUUGUACAUCAUUUUAUUGAUUAUCUUUUAAAUUGUCUUCAAACAAAAUCUAUUCCUCAUUACUUUAAUUCAAAUUAUAAUCUAUACAAUGAAGAAAACAGUUCGACGGCAUUAAUUAAUACCAUAUCUAUUAAACUGACGUAUUCAGAUUUUAAAAAAUUUUCUAUUUAUCUUUUGCCAAAAUCAUCAUUAUAUCUUUAUCAUUUAAUUUAUCUUAUUCAAUACCAAUCGAAUUUUCUACAAAAUCUUCAUUCAUCAAAAUCAGAUUUAAUGCAAACAAUUCUUAAUACUCAUGUAUUUGUUAUUCAACAGUUAUCGUACGGUAUCAAAACAUACAAAAGACAAUUAGACUAUACUAAUGCAGUAAAAUUUCAUCGACCAUUAACACUUGAUUGUCUCUAUCGAUAUCAAGAAAACAAUGUUCAAAUAGUCCUCGAAUAUUUAUCAUUAGUACGUGAAAAAGAACCAUCUCUACUUAUUCAUUCAUAUUGGUCGAUAUUUAUACAAUAUUUCAAUUCGUUAUUUGAUGAUCUGUUUAUUGCUUAG